AUGCAUUCGCUGCCGCUUAUCCUGAUCGCCAUCUGGACGGACUUCCUGUUCAUCACCAAUGGUCAGGAGAAUGAGGGCUACAAUCGCGUCAUCAGCUACUCACUGAGGAACUCAAUUGCGCAUCAAAUGCCCAAAGAAGCCAAAUUUUUCGACGACUUCGAAUGUGCCACAGUUGUGGCCACGUCGCGUCAGGAGCAGGAUCUUCUCCUCCUGGACGCUCUGACACGAAAACACCCCACAAAUUACAAUUCCUACGAGUCCGCCAAUAUUAUGGACAUGUUGGGAAGAAUGAUCCCGCAAACAUGUAAAUACAAGGGGAAGAAAUUCGAGUGCGGCCUGUCCAUAUCAUGCGUUUUGGGUGGUGGAAAACCCAUGGAUUUGUGCUCAGGUGGAAUGAUAUGGUCAUGCUGCAUCGACGAAGAUCUCCAUCCAGCCACAAAUCCCGAGCACGGAGCCAUUCACAACGCCAGUUGCGGGGAACUCUACAUGCGAUCCAAUCGGAUUGUCGGGGGUCACUCGACUGGAUUUGGCUCCCAUCCCUGGCAGGCGGCCUUGAUCAAGUCGGGCUUUCUCACGCGCAAGCUCAGCUGCGGCGGCGCUUUGGUGUCAAAUCGAUGGGUCGUCACGGCGGCUCACUGUGUCGCCACAACGCCCAAUGCCAAUCUCAAGGUGCGUCUGGGUGAGUGGGACGUGCGUGAUCAAGAUGAGCGUCUCAAUCACGAAGAGUACAGCAUUGAGCGUAAGGAAGUGCAUCCCAACUACUCUCCGGCGGACUUCAGGAACGACUUGGCGCUCGUGAAGCUCGACCGGCCGGUGGUGUUUAAGCAGCACAUCCUGCCCGUCUGCUUGCCCGGCAAGGGGGUCAAGCUCACCGGCAGGAUGGCCACUGUGGCGGGCUGGGGACGCACCAGACACGGCCAGAGCACAGUUCCAUCGGUCCUGCAGGAGGUGGACGUGGAGGUCAUACCAAAUGAGCGAUGCCAAAGAUGGUUUCGAGCUGCCGGACGACGGGAGACAAUCCACGAUGUCUUCCUCUGCGCGGGAUACAAAGAAGGCGGCAGAGACUCGUGUCAAGGUGACAGCGGUGGACCGCUGACGCUGAGUCUGGAGGGUCGCAAGACACUCAUCGGCCUUGUAUCGUGGGGAAUUGGCUGUGGGCGCGAGCACCUGCCCGGCGUCUACACCAACAUACAGAAAUUUGUGCCGUGGAUUGAGAAAGUCAUGGGAAAGGACUACAAAAUGUGAUGAUUUCCAAACUCUCGCGAGGACCUUGCUCUCGUAAACAAAUUUCAACCUCGAAUUUGUUCACACUUCGCUCGACCACAAUGUGCGUGUGCAUCUUUCAAAAUCCAACCCUCUCGCUGAAGGAGAACAAGCGCAAUACUGGAGAGUUUGUAAAUAAAUGUAUUCUAGGCUAAAUGGUUUUAAGAAUUUAUACUGUAAGUUGUAGGGUUUGUUUUUGAGUAAUUAA